UGGCUGAUAUAUAUAUAUAUGUGAUCUGUAUAUUUUAAGUUUUUAAAAUUUGUGCUGCUUGCUGUAUUGUUCAUCUGUUCCCCCAGCAGCCUGUGAGGACUCUAAAGACAGAAACUCAGUUUUGUCUUCAUCAUCUAGUUGGUUUUUAAUUGAAAUGAUUGCAAAAAUGAGGGGCAGGCUGGGAACAUCCCCAUGGCCUGGUGGGGACUCAGCAACUGAGCAGGGCGGGCGGUGUCUGCGGGGGUCCGCCAGGCGCACCAGUGAGACGUGCGGCCGCAUUCCUAGAGAGGCAUGGAGCCCGCCGGGCUGAGGUUCGGCUGCCCGCACGGCGGGAGGGGAAAUCUGCCCCCGAGUCCCGACGGCCGGAAGCGGCAGACGCCCGGGCCCUGCGGGGACAGGCGACUGGCUCCUCCCGACUGUGGAGAGCCGGGCCUCCGCCCUCUGGUGGGGCUUUUCACUGGGUCGGCCACGGCUUCGUUGUGCAUGUUCUUUGAACUUCUGGUCCGUUAACCAGCCAUUAGACACUCACCGAGUGCCCGCUAUAUGCCAAGCGCUAGGAGCUGGGGGGCAAUCGCAGUAAGAUGCGUUCUGGGCCCGUCGCAGGUCCCGGCUACCGACAUCCCAGUACAUCUACAUGCCUCCGGCAAGACGUCCGCCAGUAUUUGUUGAAUACCAGGAAAUACCGAUCCAGUGAUGAUGGAGUGUAUGGUGCGGCAGGAAUACCACACAGAAAAUUAUUGUAAUAGUGAUUGUAAAUCGUAAAGCAGGAGUAAAAAGGAAGGAAUGGCUGCAAGAGGCGUUGUGGAGGAAGAAUUGACUGGACUCCUGGUGAUUAUAUAUAAUAUAUCCUUUAAGGUCAACAUGGAUGAAGCUUCGCCAGGCCCCACUCCUGAGAAUGGAGACAGCCUUGUGAAAGUGAAGGAGGAAGAUCCCACAUGGGAGCAGGUGUGCAGCUCACAGGAGAGCAGCUCCCACACACUGGAGCUUUGCCGCCUGCGCUUCCGGCAGUUCUGCUACCAGGAGGUAACCGGGCCCCGGGAGGCUCUGGCCCAGCUCCAAGAACUUUGCCAUCAAUGGCUGCGGCCGGAGACCCACACCAAGGAGCAGAUCCUGGAGCUGCUGGUGCUGGAGCAGUUCCUGACCAUCCUGCCCCAGGAGCUCCAGGCCUGGGUGCAGGCAUAUCCUCUGGAGAGUGGGGAAGAUGCAGUGACAGUGCUGGAGAAUCUAGAGAAAGACACAGGAGACUCAGGACAGCAGGCUUCUGUCUACACUCAGGGACAGGACAUGCACCUACCAGUGACAGAAUAUCAAGGAACCUCUUUGGAGUGUCAGAGGCCCCAGCUACUGCCUGGGGUAACCACCUUGAAGUGUGAACCCCCAGAGCCCCACCAAGAGGUCGCCCAAGAAGUGAGUGGGCCUGCUCCCCAGGGACCAGCCCCUCCUCAGGAAGAGAAUCCCAGAGACCAGGCAGCAGUACUGGGGUUUAACUCAGCCAGGUCCCAGACAUCAGUGAAGACUGAGGAAGCAGCAGCCCAGGCUCUUGUCCCAGAGGAGUGGCCACAUCUGAGUCCGCCCCAGAGGAACCUCUGUGGAAACUCGGCUCAGGAGAAGGUUACAAACAUCAGUCUGAUGGCUGAAGAAGUUGUAACUAAAGAUGGAUUGUUUAACACAAAGCAAGAAACUUCUGAAGAAAUGGAACAAGGUGCUGAGGUCUCAGGAAUACCCAACAGAGAUUGUGUACCCCAGGCCGCUUGUAGUACCCCUGUUCCUGCUGAAAGGACAGUUGCACAUUCGAACACUCUGAAGGACCGUCACCCUGCUGACUUGUGGGCUCGGAUGCACAUCUCAUCCCUGGAAUAUGCUGCAGGAGACAUUACCCGAAAAGGGAGAAAAAAAGACAAAGCUCGAGUGAGUGAACUGCUCCAAGGCCUCACAUUUUCUGGUGAUUCAGAUGUGGAAGAGGAUGACGAGCCUGAGACUCAGCCUCCUCCAAAAAGACCAAAGGUGUCAAGCAUCCCAGAGAAGAACUGGAUUAAAAGAGACAUUAAACCCAACUUUCCAAGCUGGUCAGCACUGGAUUCUGGACUUUUGAAUCUCAAGAGUGAAAAGUUGAACCCAGUGGAGCUCUUUGAGUUAUUUUUUGAUGAUGAAACAUUCAACUUGAUUGUCAGUGAAACCAACAAUUACGCUUCUCAGAAAAAUGUCAACUUGGAAGUCACAGUUCAGGAAAUGAGGUGUGUGCUUGGUGUCCUGCUUUUGAGUGGCCUUGUGAGGCGUCCCAGAAGGGGAAUGUAUUGGGAAAUGUCUGAUGCCGAUCAGAAUCUGGUUAGAGAUUCAAUCAGAAGGGACAGAUUUGAAUUGAUUUUCUCAUACCUGCAUUUUGCAGAUAAUAGCCACCUAGAUCAAAAUGAUAAGUUUACAAAAUUGAGGCCUCUCAUAAAGCAAAUGAAUAAAAAUUUUCUCCUGUAUGCUCCCCUUGAAGAAUACUAUUGUUUUGAUAAGACAAUGUGUGAGUGCUUUGACAGUGACCAAUUCCUGAAUGGGAAACCUAUUAGAAUUGGCUAUAAAGUCUGGUGUGGUACAACCACACAGGGUUAUCUGGUUUGGUUUGAGCCCUAUCAAGAAGAGUCAACUAUGAUGGCAGGUAAGGAUCUUGAUCUUGGUUUAGGUGGAAAUCUAGUGAUGAAUUUUGCUGAUGUUCUUUUAGAGAGAGGUCAAUAUCCCUAUCACCUGUGUUUUGAUAGCUUCUUUACAAGUGUCAAAUUGAUGUCAGCCUUGAAGAAGAAAGGGGUGAGGGCAACAGGAACAAUUCGUGAGAACAGGACUGAAAAAUGUCCCCUGGUGAGUGUAGAACAUAUGAAAAAAAUGAAGAAGGGGUAUUUCGAUUUCCGAGUAGAAGAAAAUGAUGAGAUAAUUGUGUGUCAUUGGCAUGGUGAUGGUAUUAUCAGUCUGUGCUCCAACGCUGUUGGCAUAGAGCCAGUCAAUGAGAUAUGUUGUUUUGCCGAUGACAAGGAGAUCCCUCAGAUAAGUCAACCUUCCAUAGUGAAACUGUAUGAUGAAUGCAGGGAAGGCGUAGCUAAAAUGGAACAGAUCAUUUCCAAAUAUAGGGUGAGAAUAAGAGGCAAGAAAUGGUACUCAGUUUUGGUGAGCUACAUGAUUGAUGUAGCCAUGAGCAAUGCAUGGCACCUGCACAGAGCCUGUAACCCAGGUGCCUCUCUAGAACUCGGGGAUUUUCGGAGGGAUGUUGCCCAUUUCUACUUGGCACAUAAUGCAAGUAUGUCAGAUUAAGGCAGGUAAAACAGCUACAAUGCAGACAUUAGUAAGACACAGAAAAAUCACAACUACACAUCAGAUUGUACCCAAAGCAAACCUGAUGUAUGUAUACAAUGAAAUUAUUAAUUGACUAAUAUUUCUUUUAAAAAAUCUAUGUAGAGUUUCAAAAACUGUUAUAACAAUGUUAAUGAUCUGUAAAAAUGUUGAAAUCUAUUGGUAUCUUUUACUAGGUCUAGUUUUGAUAUCAAACGUGGGAACUCCUUUAUUAGUUGAAUUGAAUUGAUUAAUUUGUGCAUUUAAAGAAUGAAA